CUUAAAGCAGUCCAACUGCGAAACCAGCAGGAGAAAGCAUACAAGGAAACCCCGAGUUCUCAGGCCCUCUACAGGCUACGCCGGCUGCAGCGCAAUGUCCCAAAUACAUUUAACCGAUUAUCCACGGCUCUCAUGAAGCAAAUAUGAGAGGAAUUCGAUAGGAAACAGGCUGUCAUUGACAUCGAGCGUCAGCUCUUGGGAACAGCUAUCAAUGAUAAAGAAGCCAAAGAAGUCCUCCGUACCGAAGAUCAGAUGUCACCGGAACAGAUUAACCUGAUUGAAAAUCUCUUUUCCUGGCCCACUUCCCCUUCCCUUGAAGAAGAGUGGAAGCGACAAAAUGCAGCCACGCGAGCGGUCUCACAGUAUUGCCCCAUCCCUGAAGGAGGGCCCUUGCGCAGGCGGCCCAAGCGAUCGGUACCCAGUAAUGGAUUUGGCAGUGAACUGCAAGCUAAUUAUAAGUGCAGCGCCAACAAAAACUGCUAACCAGUCCUCCAUAAGAUGCACCUGCGCAACCAUGCGGCUACUGUUCACCGUCUCAUAACGUGACCUUUAGUUAUGCAAACAGUUGUUUCCGGACAUCAAAUUUCUCAUAGGCAGUUUAGAAUAAAAAUCUUUUCUUUAGGGGCAAGAUAAGAGGUUCUUAAAG